UCGACAGUAACCAAAGCAGCCAACCAAAACAGCAGACCAGCCGUCGCAGUUAGAACGAUUCAAAAAAGUAACAGUAACUGUUUUCAAAUUCAUUUUCAAGUGAUCUAUUAAGCAUAGUUUUUGGCAUUGUUAACAAAACUCUAUUGUAUUUCUGUAUUUCUGGCCAGUGCUGUGAUUUUUUCGACCGUUUUUCUCUCUCAUUUUUUGUGCAUCUUUUAAUUGGAAAAGUUUUUGAAGCACUUUUAACGCGAGUUUUUUUUGUCCAGCUGUACGUUUCUGCAACAUAUAACCAAAUGAACGCUUGAACAAAGUCGUGCACACUCUUGACAAACAAACCUGAAAAUUUGCUGAUAACGUACAACAAAAUAAAUAGAUAUAUAAACAAAGUCGAUUAAAUUACUCGCGUAAACGGUAAACGUGCGUAAAUCAGAAUUUGAUUUCAAUUUAAUUGUCGCAGUAGCUGGCAAUAUAAAGCGAUUUAUAAAUCACAAAAUUUAUUCAACAGUUUGCCAACAACAAAAUAAAAAAGAAAGCAUGCGUCUAUUCAAAUCCCAUCAAAGCUAUGGCUGUGUGCUGGCGCUCUUCAGCUUGAAUCUCUUAUUGCUGCAAGAGACCAGCGCAGAGCUAACCACAGUGCAAGGCGCUCCCAUCAGCAGUUUGUAUGACAAUCUGCUGCAGCGCGAAUAUGCAGGGCCCAUUGUCUUUCCCAAUCAUCAAGUGGAGCGCAAGGCGCAACGUUCACCCUCGUUACGCUUGCGUUUCGGUCGCAGCGAUCCGGACAUGUUGAAUAAUAUGAUGGAGAAACGUUGGUUUGGCGAUGUUCAUCAGAAGCCAAUUCGAUCGCCUUCACUGCGCUUGCGCUUUGGUCGACGUGAUCCCAAUUUGCCACAAAUGCGACGCACCCCAUACGAUGAUCUUCUGGAGCGUGAACUCACCUUGAACAGUCAGCAGAACCAGCCGCAGGCAGAUGCUGCCAAUGCUGUUGGACUAUCCGAUGAUUAUGAUACUGUCUUUGAUCGCGUGGUGCGCAAGCCGCAGCGUCUACGUUGGGGACGCAGCGUUGAUCCUCGCAUGAUCAAUAAUUAUGAUGACGAGCGCAAUCAGCUGGAGCGUGAGAUAAUGGACAGUACUCGCUUGUUAAUAGCUUUGCAACAGAAGUAUGAUCACCUGACUGGCGAGCAUUCCGAUGAGAGCAACGCUGAGGAUCAGUAUGAGGAGAAUAUGGAUGAGCAGUUCCAACGGGAGGUGCGUAAGCCCAUGCGCUUGCGCUGGGGACGCAGCACUGGCAAAGCUCCGGCUGAGCAAAAGCUUCCUCUAGCUGCUGCCGAGUCUGCUUCAGUGGCACCCAAUGCUCAGAAUUAA